AUGAGCUUCAAUAUCACAGCCGACGGAUCACCUACCCCACGCAAGGCCCGCUUCCUGGCCGACGACCUCAGGAUCGAUACCUCGCCGGAGGUACUUGGGAUGGCUGCGGCGGUAGGCUCUCGCUACCAGCAGUUCCCACUCUAUCGACCCGACCCAUCAUUGACCUUCAACAUGCAGGGUAUGAAGCGGCCGCUUGGCUCUUCUGCUCUCAAUCAGCCAUUGCUGCCACCGCAGCAGAACCACUUCGAGUUCAAGAAGGUUAAGGUCGAGGCCGGCAGUCACGAUGAGCCAUCUGUCGUUGACUCUCUCUUGCAGCGCCUCAGUGAGCAGCGUUCCUCUCCCCACGACCAAUACGGUUCCUCCAACGGCUCCAUCCCGAUCACUCCAGCCACUGAAGAUUUCGCUGCCGUCACACCUACCACGGAGCCAGACGCCGUCGUCGUGGACGUUGCUGAGCUCCACAAGCUCAAGACAGAGCUGCAGGAGGCCCGCAAUGAGGUCGCUCGCAUGAACCAGGAGCUCCACAGCACUCACGUCGCCAAGUCUACCGUCGAGCACCUCGGCCAACCGUCUGAGGCGGACUAUGGUUACAACGAUGACGUGACAGAGCAGACCAUCACACAGUUGCAGAACAAGUUCAACGCAUCUACUCGCACCGGCUAUGCUUGGGGCAAUGAGACGCGUUCCUUCUACGGCGAUUCUCAACAAUCCCUUGGAGGCCUCCAGGCUCACGCACGUCCAGCCCUUGCUCAAGCCGGUUACCGCGGCCGGAACAGCUUCCUCAAUGAGCCGACGCAUUUCCCAUUGGAUCAAGCCUAUCGCAGCAACCUCCCAAGCCGCCCAGCAUCGGCGUUCGAGCCUGCGUACAACGUCAACCAGUACAUGAGUCCACCCAUGUAUACGCCCUACCAGCCUACUCCGAUCGGGCCAAUAGGCAAUAGGCUCUCCCCAGAGGCCUCUGAGUUCAGCGUGGCUCCCUCCAUGGCCUCCAUGGGCCCGUCACCAUGGAACUCCCAGCCUCCGAGCGAGUCCGGUGCUGUCCGCUACGUCGGACCCGUCGAGCCCAUGAACUACCGCCGCUUGCUCGAUCGCAACAUGAGCUGCAAUUGGAAGUACAUCGUUGAUAAGAUUAUCUGCAACAAUGACCAACAGGCGUCUAUCUUUCUGCAGCAGAAGCUCAAGGUCGGCACGCCCGAACAGAAAUACGAGAUCGUCGAGGCGAUCAUUGCCCAAGCCUACCCGUUGAUGAUCAACCGUUUCGGCAACUUUCUGGUUCAGCGUUGUUUCGAGCAUGGUACACCAGAGCAAGUUAUCGCGAUUGCGGGCGCUAUACGCGGAAAUACGCUCACGCUGAGCAUGGAUCCGUUCGGCUGCCACGUCGUGCAGAAGGCCUUCGACUGCGUCCCUGAAGAGUACAAGGCCACCAUGGUCCACGAGCUUCUUCGACGUAUCCCAGAGACUGUCAUCCACCGGUAUGCGUGCCACGUCUGGCAGAAGCUCUUCGAGCUGCGCUGGGCCGAUUCGCCACCGCAGAUUAUGCGUUAUGUCAACGAAGCCCUGCGGGGCAUGUGGCAUGAGGUCGCUCUAGGUGAGACCGGUAGUCUUGUUGUGCAGAACAUCUUCGAGAAUUGCAUGGAGGAGGAUAAGCGUCCCUGCAUCAACGAAGUCCUCGCGAGCAUCGACGUCAUCUCCCACGGUCAGUUUGGCAACUGGUGUAUCCAGCAUAUCUGCGAGCACGGUGCUCCUGCCGAUCGAAGCAGAGCCAUCGACCAUAUACUCCGAUUCGCGACCGACUAUAGCGUCGAUCAGUACGCGUCAAAAGUGAUCGAGAAGUGCCUCAAGAUUGGAUCCAAUGACUUCCUCGACCGCUACCUCGAGCGGGUCUGUGAGGGCCGCCCUGAUCGUCCUCGUAUGCCAUUGAUCGAUAUCGCUGGAGAUCAGUUCGGCAACUACCUCGUCCAGUAUAUCUUGACCAACAGCGGCGCCCACCAUCGAGAGAUGGUCGCCUCUCAUAUCCGCAAGCACAUGGUCAGCCUGAGGGGCUCCAAGUACGGAUCCAGGGUCGCCAUGCUCUGCUGCAACCCAGCCCUCGCGACGCGUCCGGGACCCCCAGGCGGCCUCAUCCCCCGCUAUAACAACCCCAGCAUCCAUCGCGGCGGAGGCUACGGCGGGUUCCGUUAG